UUGUCAACUUGUCAAAAAACGAGUGUACGCGGAGGUGGCCGUCUAUCUGAACUACACAAUUGAAAAAGUGAACGGAUCAAGUCAUCUGAGAAUUUAUUUUAUUAAUCUAUUAAUUAUAUCUAGAAUAUAAUUCAAAAUGAAACUGAUUUACCUCAUGUUAUUUGUUUUACCCGCGGCGCUGCUUUGCUUCCAAAAUGCCAACACAAUCCUAGCUAGAGCAGAUGAAGACGAACUAGAUGAUGUAGUGGAUAUUGAGGGUGAAGAUAAUCAGGUGGUGGGUGAAGAUGCUCUGGGUGAUGAGGAGGAUGACUCUGUGAAAUCAUCGCAGGAUAUUGACACUACUAUCAUGUUCAUCAAACCAGUGCCCAGCUAUGGAGAUGCUACAUUUGACAUACAAGCUGGUUUCCCAGUAGAGUUCCUAGUCGGUUUCACCAAUAAAGGUUCAGAAGACUAUGUGGUAGAAACCAUGGAAGCAUCAUUCCGGUACCCCAUGGACUACACCUACUACAUCCAGAACUUCACAGCUCUGCCGUACUUCAGGGAAGUGAAGCCAAAACAAGAAGCCACAUUUGCUUACUCAUUCAUCCCCAACGAAGCUUUUGCUGGUAGACCAUUCGGAUUGAACAUUCAGUUGAACUACAAAGAUGCCAGUGGAAACAUUUACCAGGAAGCUGUGUACAACCAGACGGUAAACAUAGUCGAAGUAUCCGAAGGUUUGGACGGAGAGACGUUCUUCCUGUAUGUGUUCCUUGGUGCAGCCUGCGUACUUGCCUUAGUUUUGGGUCAACAAGGUUUGUCGUCUCUUGCCCGUCGUCGGUCUCCGAGAUCAGCACCGAAGCCUCUCGAGACUGGAACAGCUAAUGAUGUUGACUAUGAUUGGCUGCCCAAAGAAGUCGUCAACCAACUUAAAAAAUCUCCCAAAACGCCCAAACAGUCACCGCGCCUGAGGAAGGCGAAAAGAUCUGCAGGCGACGAUUAAUUUUAGCAUCAAUUUAUUUAGUUUAGGAACAUCUAAUAAUGCCUGGAUCUGGGCUAUGAGUUGACAACUGGAAUAGGAUUGUGGUUCUACGGCCUACCAAAUUUAAUCGCCGAUAAUAAUUAAUUAAGAUUUAUUGACUUAUUUUACUAAGUGAUAUAAUAUUAGGACUCUGUAGGAAUAAAAGUUAAAUAUUUUUUAUUUUACUGUUAAAAUAACAGUACCAUUGAAUCUUAAAUGGUUAAAAAGAGUAACUGCGAAGAUUCAGUAUUUGGUCAUUCUGCAACUCGUAUCUUUCAAACAGGUAAUUGAGUCACUACAACGUUUCUGGUUAAAUAAAUAAGCCUGCUUGAAAUAAACGGAUUUAAUUUACUAAAAUAAAAAAUGGCAGACACAUAGAUAUAUUGAAUAUGGUCUGAAUAUAAAUAAGUGUAAUAUUAAAUGAAUAUACUCGUUAAAAUUGGUAGGCCAGUAUUAGGUCAUUAUUUUUUAUGAAUAUGAAGUCAUAGUAUAAUCAAGUCUGAAUAGAUACUCAUAGAAAUUCAGUAAACUAGUGAUGUCCUACAUAUUUCUUAUUUCAAGUUGUCAAGAGUGAAAAAAAGUGUUUUUUAUUUGCUGAGAGUUGUGAGUAAGUUAUGGAACAAAAUGUGUGGACGGCUUUGUGCGAUUAUGAGAAGACAUUAUUUAAUUAAAAUGUUACAUUUUUCAA